CACGUGACCGGGAGAUAUUUUAAGCUCGAGCCGAAGGCGCCAAGGAGAACCGCCGGGAGGAGCGCGCGGCAGCCGGGGCUCGCGGUCUGACGCGCGGCGGGGGGUCUAACAAUGACCACAAAUAUGAAACACAGAUUUGAUGCUGAUAACCCUACACCACCCAUAAAGAAUUUCACCAGUGGAGUUGCAAGUAAUGUGUCACUGAGACGAACGUUACAAGUAAUUCAACCUGUUGCUACUUCAAAUCAACUUGUUGGCAGGAUAAAUGAGUCCCACAAGCAGUCUCCUAAAAGAAAGUACUGGAAUGAUGAUCAACCAAAGAGCUGCAAGAAAUCACGCACACAGAUCCCUCAAGAUGAUGCAGAAUGCAAUAAUGAGAACUUGGGAACUGAUGGUAUGACAAAAGAAGCUUACCAACUUCUUGUUAAGCCAAAUCCUAGUUCUCUGUACUGGAAGGAGCUGGCAGAAGAGCGGAGGAAAGCCCUCUUCCAGGCUUUGCAAGAAAAUGAGAGAUUACACAAAGAAAUUGAACUUAAAGAUGAAGACAUUUUGAAGUUGCAGAAAGAGAACCAAGAUUUAAUGGAGUUAGCAGAACAUGUACAGUACAUGGCUGAUAUGAUUGAGAAAUUAACUGGACAGAGUGCUGAUGAAUUCAUGCUGGAAUCAGAACAGGAAGCUGAGGAAGUGCACGGUUCUGAAGAGUUGGAGCCUGAGUUGCAACAGGAAGCCAAGGAAAUGCAUGGCCCUGAAGAGUUGAAGUUUGAGUCGCAACAGGAAGCAGAGUCCAAGCUGACUGCACAAGCUGUGGAAGAUGAAUCUGAUGAUUGUUCCUGGAGGGAGUCUGAGGAAGAUUAGGCACAAUCAUUUCUUGACUGCUUAAACUGCUGACACCAAAGGGGAGGGAGAUUUUAUUCCCCUUUUUUCUGGAGAAAAAUUCCAGUGAUGCUGCAAUGAACAAUGCCAGUUGUGUGAACUGCCAUCCUUGUUAUCUCACGUCCUUGUAAUCUUGUGGGAAAUUUUGUUCUGAGUUGAUUGCAUGUAUGUUACCUUUUGUAGCAAUGUAAUCACUGUUGUAUGUGAUGGACAAGGUUAUUAAAUUUGACUUUGGUAUGUAAAUGCAUUCCAGGAAAGUUGUAUAUUUAAGAACAUGUGCUUUUAGUUGACAUUUUAGUAUGUACACUGUAAUAAAUAACUUGUAAAGUUUUUUCAUUUCCCCUUGGUAUUUGAUAUUAAAUGACUUCCUAAUUGACA